GAGAGAGAGAGAGAGAGAGAGAGAGAGAGAGAGAGAGAGUAGCCCGCCGGCCCAUUGAGGAAAGAUGGCUACAGUCACUGCAAACGGAGUGCAGCAGGAGAAUGGAUUCAGCACCACGAACAGCGCCGGCAGGAUGAACGGGCUUACCAUCGGCCAGAACACCAUUCCAAUGAAGGACCACGACGCCAUCAAGCUUUUCAUCGGGCAGAUUCCCAGAAACCUGGAGGAAAAAGACCUGAAACCCCUGUUUGAGGAAUUCGGAAAGAUAUAUGAACUCACUGUACUGAAAGACAGGUUUACGGGAAUGCAUAAAGGAUGUGCCUUUCUAACAUACUGUGCCAGAGAGUCAGCACUGAAGGCCCAAAGCGCCCUCCAUGAACAGAAGACGCUGCCAGGGAUGAACCGACCCAUUCAGGUGAAGCCAGCCGACAGCGAAGGACGGGGAGAAGACAGGAAGCUGUUUGUAGGAAUGCUCGGCAAGCAACAGAGUGAGGACGAUGUCCGGCGGCUGUUUGAGACCUUCGGCCAGAUUGAGGAGUGCACCGUCCUUCGAGGGCCUGAUGGGGCCAGUAAGGGCUGUGCCUUUGUCAAGUUCUCGAGCCACGCAGAAGCGCAAGCCGCCAUCAACAGUUUGCAUGGUGGACAAACUAUGCCUGGUGCCUCGUCCAGCCUGGUGGUCAAAUUUGCAGACACUGAUAAGGAGAGGACCCUGCGCAGAAUGCACCAGAUGGCGGGCCAGCUCGGCAUCUUCAGUCCCAUGACCAUCCAGUUUGGGGCCUAUGGCGCCUACUCUCAUGCUGUAAGUCUCAGCCCAGCGGGAGAGGAGACGCAGAUGAUGCAACAGCAAGCAGCCCUGAUGGCAGCAACACAAGGGUCCUACCUGAACCCCAUGGCAGCCAUUGCUGCCGCGCAAAUGCAGCAAAUGGCAGCUUUCAAUGUCAAUGGCCUGGUGGCUACUCCUAUGACACCAUCCUCAGGCACCAGCACACCCCCAGGCAUUUCUGCUACAGCCGUGCCAAGCAUAGCCACACCUAUUGGGGUCAACGGAUUCAGUGCUCUUCCGCCUCAAAGCAAUGGCCAGCCUACAUCGGAGCCCAUCUACACCAAUGGCAUCCAUCCUUACCCAGCACAGAGUCCAACGGUGACCGACCCUCUCCAACAGGCUUAUGCUGGCGUCCAGCACUACGCAGCAGCCUACCCUGCCGCCUAUGCGCCAAUCAGCCAAGCGUUCCCCCAGCAACCGACCAUCAUUCCCCAGCAACAGAGGGAAGGUAAGAGCGAGCAAGCGCGCCCACCCAAGAUAAAAGGGCCGGAAGGUUGCAACCUGUUUAUUUAUCACCUGCCCCAGGAGUUUGGAGAUGCUGAGCUCAUGCAAAUGUUCCUUCCUUUCGGCAACGUCAUCUCUGCCAAAGUCUUUGUGGACCGAGCCACCAAUCAGAGCAAAUGCUUUGGCUUUGUGAGUUUCGAUAACCCAUCCAGUGCUCAGGCCGCUAUACAGGCUAUGAAUGGCUUCCAGAUAGGCAUGAAGAGGCUGAAGGUGCAGCUAAAGCGGCCAAAGGACGCCAACCGACCUUACUGACUCGUCUGCUGUCCAUAAACAGGAUGAAGGGCCACAACACCUUAUUUCCACAAGUGCAGUAAAAGUACAAAGACUCCUCGUUCUGCUACAUAUCAUGAAGAAAGGGUGGUCCCUUGAUCCUCCUGGAAAGCCGCUGAAAGAUUGGGUGACUGAAAGAAGGAUCCCAGAGUUGUUGUUUUUUAUUACCAUUUUAGUUUUUUCUUUCUUCGCAAAUGCCUCUUUUUUCCCUUUUUUGCUUUGGCAUCUGUGGAAGAAGAUUUUUUGCAGAGACCAACUUUUUGCUGCUGUUUUUUAGACAUGAUGAAAAGAAAAAAAACUUUAUAGACUCAUUAUGCUCAAAGCAUGCAUACUGACACAGGAUACAGAUAAACUCACUUAAAAAAAUAUUUAAAAAAAUAAACCAAACAUACAAGAAAUUAAACAAGCUGCACUUAAUGAAUGAAAAACUUAAAAAAAGACUCUGUACAUGUAUAAAUACGUGCAAAUGCCAACACAAGAACUGAAGCAAAUCCAUGCGUGUGCACGCACACAGACACACAUACACAGACGCACACAAAUAUACACAAACACACACACACCAGCCUGCUGCCAUUUUGGUUUUUGUGCCUACACAGGUGUUGUGCUCUGUGACAGGGCAAGCUCUGCAUCGAAGUGGAAAAACAAGAAGAAGACAAGGAGAGGAGUGGGGAAAUCCAGGAUAAUUUACAUGCAUCAUUCCUUAGGAAAUAGGGACCAAAGGACUAAAUGCUUUUUAAAAGAUUAUAAAUAUAUAAAUAUAUAAAUAUAUAUUUAAAAAACUCAUACCUUGUAGCUGCAAGUAUUUACUCAUAGUGGAAAAAAAGAAUCAUUAAAUCAAUAUCCAGUGGCUUACUGUAAGAACGAAUAAAAAGAAAAUGGAAAUAAUGUAUUAAAAAAAGACAUGGAGUCGUAGUAUAGGGGCUGAUCUUUUGCUCUGGACGCUGAUUUUAGCAGCAGGUUGUAGAAUAGUGAUGUAGACUAGAAAAAAGUACAUUUGCAAAUUUUUGCUGUUGUUAAAAAAAAUAAUUUAAUUUCCCAUUAAAAGUUGGUAAAAGACGGAGUAACAAAAACAUUUAUCCAUGCCUUUGGACGGCACAUGUUCUUUCUUUUUUUUUUUUCUUAGAUGUAAAGGUAACAGCCACUGGAUAUCCCACUCAUCAUGAUGUAUAAGGCACUGCACUCUCUGACAGCUAAAGAGACUGAUCUAGCAGACUAAAAAGGAAAACAAGAGACAAAGAAGACUGAACUCCGUGAUGUCUGUGCUGGACAGCGUGCAGAUAUUUAAGGCUUCUCACCGGCCUUUGUGUUCAAGCGACAAUCCACUGUAAAGACCAAGUCAAAUGGACAUGGGGUGUCUUUUUUCCUUCCCUCUUUCUGUUCAUGCCCCUUGACCUUUUGUAUUGCAUCAUGAAGUGUAUAUUUUGAAGCCACACAUGAUUGAAAUGAGAUGGAUAAAAAGCAGAUGGAUGACCAUGAAGAGAACGGAGAGAAAGCAUGAGAGGAGGAGUAGGGCAACAGCUACUGAAACUGCCAGCAGAAUGAACUGUGUUUAGCAAUGAACUAACCUUGUGGUUAAAAUUUUUUUUACUUUAAACAUAUUCCCUGACCAUUUUUUCCCUUUAUUAAACAUAGAACCUAUGAGAAAAAGCAACUGCUUAAAUAGAUUAAAUCCAUGAAAUGUAGGAACCACUCAUCAUCCUUGCUCAACUCAUCCAUAGCUUUUCAGAGUAAAGCACUCUAGUGUUGUCACUUUUUGAUUUAGUCCUGUUGCCUUUUUAACUGUUUUAGAGCUGUACAUGUGGACUCCUCUGUAAAGCCCAAUCAAUACAUUUGAAGUCGGCGAAGAGCGCUGGUUGUUUUCAGUCACUAUGAGCACUUCCUAAUUUGCUCUGCAGAACACCAGCUCGAAUCCUUAAACCAGCCCUUCUGAGCACCGACAGCUGGCAUUAAGAGGCAGGGCAAGGCAAGAAGGAGUCGAGCAGGAAGAGAGGAAAUCAGCGGCUUAUCACAUUUACAUCCUUCUUAAGUGAUGCUUCAUGGUUGUUGCAGCACAAUGUUGCUGACAAAAUUAGAAAUGGUAGUCAAGCCUUUGGCGGAAAAUAUUAUGGAUCUAUGAUGUAUGCUUCCGAAGAACCCCUAUUUAUUUCCAAACAGAUCAUAUUUCCUGCUUGGACUCUUCUUCUUGCGUUCUCUUCCCUCAAGAUUUUGACACAUCAACGUGGAGAGGUUAACCAACUGGAGAGGUGCCAGUUUAUUCCAUUUUUCUGAUGCUCCACCUGUCAUUUAAGUGGGCUGAAGGUCUUGAUCCAAGCUUUGUCAAUCACCUUGUCUUAUUGUGACUUUUUUUAAUGUUUGAACAUGACACGCUCUUUCAAAUUACAGCUGUUCAUCACCCCACUGAUUUUUUUUAUUUCAACCUACUGAGCCACUGCCUGUUCUCACUACACUUCAAUUAUCUCUUGCACUAUAUUAAACAUGCUUUUCACCAUUCCCUAAUCACACUGCAAUCAUAACCCUCUAUACAUUAGCAGCAAUGAAGUGAAAAAUCACAGGGAUAAUCACCUGGACCCAAUGAUGGCAGAGAUGGUUCCCAACAUGCACAUGGGUGACAGAAGGAAGAUUAGGGAGAAUUAUGUCUGUGCCUACUCCUUGGCAAGGCUGCUGACAGCUGACCUGGCAUCACUAACACAGCCACAUUUACCAGGAGAGUAAAUGAGGAAAUUGUGAAACAAAACAAUCCAUAUUGGCUUUAAAAUCGCAGAGCAGAUUGGCAGUGCCAAAAUCUAAAAUAGUAGUGCAAAGUAAAGCAAAGCAUUAGCUUUCCCUGCUCAACAACUGUUCCAAAAACAGUUGCUUAUAAAAUGGGUCAAAACCAACAAUUUUGUGGGAAAUGUCCAAUCCUGCUCUAGUAGCAGCUGAGAGUCCUGUGUAUCCGCAACAAAAUUGCUUCUCAGCGGUUGGCAAUAGAGGUCAACCAAUUUUACAAAACAACUAGCUCAGACUUGUUUCUUUUCCCUCAUUGUAUUUCUGCUAAGAGACCUCCAAAGCACACUUUUGCUCAACUGUAACAUAAUAUGCAGAAGCACAGUUCUUCAGAGAAGAAUGAUGUCCAACAAAUUGUUUAUUAUUAUUUUUAAUGAAAUUACUACAUAAAAUGUCUUCUUGUAUUUUUUCCCUAUGUAACCUUUGGUAUAAAUGCCAAAGAAUGCAUAAAGUGGGUUAGAAAAAGGCUGCAUCCUCAUAAAAGUUUGUAUUCAUUAUCUGUUUGAAGCAGAAGCCGUCAGUUGGCAGAGUAAUGUUCAAUGAGCAAUUGAAUGUUCCAUGCUUGUCUUGGCAAUCCCUAAAAUACUCUCAGUGACAUAAAUCUUGCAUGCAAGCUCCACUGAACUUUUCCGUCUUAAAUCAGAUGCUGUAGUGUUUCCUCUCCUAAUAGCAGGUUGAGUCCCCAGUGAGCCAAAAUCCAGCCCAGCUUAGCCUCCUGCUGUCUAGCUUGGCUGAUAGUGCAACGUUCAUGUAGCAUGUACCUGCUAUGCCAGAGCUAAAUUAGGAAAUGUGAAACCAGCACUUGAACACUUUUAACAAGGGUGCUCCGAUUACCUUUACACCCUGGGAAGGGUGCUGAAGUGUUGAGCAUUGAAAGCGGAGACAGUGGCGUAUGUGCACUAGAGCUACCAAAAUGAGACAGAAAGUUUGUUUCUAGAGUUUUUCAUUGCUUGUUGAAAUUUUAAGUCUUCUUCUCUUUCAGUCUCUGAACUCUGAAAAGUGGCAACUACUAAGUUACCAAAUUGUGAUUUUGCAUAUUCCCUGAAAGUUAAUAUAGGUAAAGGUUAGCUGGGACUUUAGAACUAAAUAAAAGUUUUCAUACAACUUGAACUUUAUCAAAAUUGCUAUGUUAUGGCCACAAGCUUCAAAGUAGUUUGUUAGCAUUUUUCACAUACAAUGCCUUGCAGUGCAUUCAUUAUGAAGUGGAUGUAAAAGCACACAUGAUUUUCAAUAUUGUUCUACAAACUUAAAAACUCUAAAGUGUGGAGUACAGAUGUAUUCAGCCCCCCUCUCCUCAAGUUAACACUUCAUAGAAUCACUGUCUGAUGCAGUCACACUCAGAGGGUCAUUUCUAACAGCUUAGGACAUCUGGCAGACUGUCUUGCUGGAAUGGGUCAUUCUAUCACAUUAAUAUGCUUUGACCAAUACCACUGCAUUACAGCUCUACCUGAAUGUUCAGGUUUGUUGUCCUUUGGGACGUUGAGUCUUUGCCUCAGUCUUUUCCAGCCCCUAACAUGUUUUAUUUUCUAUCCCCUGCCCUUAGAUCCAUCUGUCAUCAUAUGAACUCCAUCAAACUCCCCUGUUUAGUGAAGUAAAGAAUUCCCACAGCAUGAGCCAGCCAUCGUCAUGUUCUAUGAUGGAGUCCAUCGAUUUCUUUUCUGAUGAAUUCUUUCAGGCUUGUCAAUUUAGGAAGAUGCUUUAGGAGAUUUUCAUUUCUGACUUACUCUUUCCAUUUCGUAGAUGACUUAUCAAACAGUGCUUUGUGGAGUGUUGUUGUAUGACUCAACCCAGCAUCAGUCUUCUCCACAACUUUAUUCCUGAUCCGUUUGCUGCUGUUCCUUAGUCAUCUUUAUGGAGUUUUUUUUCUCCAACAAACCCCUGAGGUCUUAACAGAACAGUGUAAUUAAAUUACAAACAGCACACUAAAAUUUAGAGAGAUGAUAAAUUAUGUGGUUUUUGAAUGAAUGUGGUUGUAUCUUUAUAAUGGGGUUGAAUGUAUUUGCACAGCUCAUAUUUAAAUUCACACACACACAAAAUAAAUAAAUAAAUCAAAAAUAAUUCAGAUAAACUUUAGUGAAUUUGUAGAUGUUAGGUGAAAAAAUGUAGAAACAAUCAGGAGCGCCAUAGUAAUUUUGCAUGUCACUGUGGUGUGUCAUCAUCUAUGACAUGAAAUAUUGCUUUAGCUCUAAUUUGCUCUCUUAACAAGAACUGAAAAAAAGGUUUCCAAAUUGAUAUGUUUUAGCAAGGAAAUAAGAAAGAUGCAUGCAUAUUAUUACUUACAAGGCUUGUUGUUUAGCGUUGCUUAUAUUCUUGGAGGAAUAGAGUGGAAUAUGAAUAUCCAACCCACUGGGUGCAUAACACUGAAAUAGCGGCGAUUGUCAAGGAAAGGAAGCAAAAUGUAAUUGACUGAAAGCAGAGAGAUAAUUAAAGGAACCUGUUGGACAGGAUGGAAGAAAUUAAUGCCUCUCAUUUAAUGGCUGCAUUGGGAAAGAGCUGUUCCAUCGUCUCAUUUUGGCACCUAAAAGGAUUUUGCUCUGGAAAUGGAAUUUUGGACAGAAAAAGAUGGUGGGUGGGAAUAGUGGAAACAGGCACUGGGUGGUGUUGGUGCUGGUAGGGGGGAUUGCUGCGUGCUAAACUGAAACUCCACAAAAUCGCUCCCAGUGCUCAGGGCAUCAGGCACAAUGAUGUCAUGAUUAGUGGAGAGGUUCAGAGCCUUGCCUUACCCCUGAUCCUUAAAAGGUCAAGCAGACAAAUAGGGAGACAGUGUGAGGCAGCAGAGGGGACUGAUAUAUCAACAAAUUCUCGGUUUGGACCUAAAUGGUCAUAAUUUGAUUCCAAGAGUAACAAAAACACAUCUUAAUAUCCACCAGAAUGCACAGAAAUGUUGUGUGGCAACAUUUAACAACACCAAGAAAUAAAGGUCAAGACUUUUUUUCUGUAUUUCUUAAUGUAAAUAGCCUUUGAAAUACUAAUAAGGGCAAGGCUCUAUAGCAACUUGUGUUGAGAAGCUCAACUCUGUGGGACAAUGAUGUCACUAUAAAAUGUAUCCACAGCAGUGCAGGGAUUUAGGAGAGUUUAAGUCCUCUUAAGCCCCUUAGGUUUGGGCUGUGAGCAUGCAUCCUACAACCGUAAGCGUCGGACCAAGGCUUAGAAAUGAUUUGACUUAGUGUCAGACCUAAGCCAUGGCUCCAAAGUGAUCUGUUAAUUAAGAUUCCGUGUACACCGUCAUGUCAUGAUUUUUCUGACAGAAGAAAGAUUGCCAGUGCAGUAAUUGGAUUAGUCCAAUUGGGGCUGAUGAACAGAUAUGGCAGUGACAGUAGAGUUCAUCCAUCUGUAUGAACGCUCCAUGCUCGACAAUUUAGAGGCAAAAAGGAGAAGAAAACAUCAGCUACGUGUAGACUUUUAGAAAUGAAUCACAAGAAAACGUUAAGGCUUUUGCAGCAGUUACAGAGGCUUUUCCUCUCCAGGUACCAGUUUGUUUAGCAUGUACAUAAACCAUUUUGGAUUCAAGCAUUUAUUACACAAGGUUUGAAACUAUACAUAAAUGGUUAGGCUGACACUGGAGGAAGGGACAAACAACAAAGCAAUCCCAGCAGAACCCCUUAUUGCUUGAUCCAGUCUGCCACUGUUAUCCUAACCAGACAGCUGCAUUAUACCUGUACAUACAAUAUAGCUUAUUUUUAAAUUCUGUUUAUCUUUCUUUAUAGGUCGUACAUUAGAUCAUGUUAAAACGUAAAAAAAAUAAAAAAAUAAAAGAAUGGCUAAUAUAUUUCAGUGAAACUGAGAAAAGGAACAUAUUGAAUAAUUUAUCAAAAGCAGAAGAUAAAAUGUUUUUAUUUCUUGUAAAGUGAAACACUGUUGUUUAAAAAGUGGGAUUUUAUACUCAUAUCAGUAAAUGUUUCUUCAUUUUUUUUUCACUCUGUUGUUUUAUUAACCGCUGAAGCUGGGCAAACCCGUUGUCACAAGGUUUAAUCGGAUAUCCUUUGAUCGUUUUUCUUUAUUUUUUGGGCCAUACAAUCCCUGUGUGAAAUCCCCUGUGGAUGGACGAGUUCAAAGAGAUUUUUCUCUCAGAAAGCUAUUAAAUCAAUACAAGAAUUAGCAAACUGCACUGUAAAAGGAUGAUUGAUGGACCUGGUCCGUGGAUUCAGAAAAAAAGAGAGUUUAUUGCACAACUGAGUCCUAAUGGUUUAGGGUUGUUGGGAAAAAAUAAGAAAAAAAUGUUAUUUGAGACCUUGUGGUGUUUCAAAGAAAGAAAAUAUAACCUCAAACAAAACAAAGAGAAAAGGGGAAAAAAGGCAAAAAAUAUCAAAUUUUGCUAUCCUAUUGGUUUUGGGACCUAUGCUGUCAUAUAUUAAUGUCUUUUAACCACUGUUGGUGUCCUGUAACAUACCCUUUUUAUGUCUUUAUUAUUUUCAGGGUUAUUUGUCAUCAUUGACAUAUCUUUGAGUUUCAUAUUCUCUGCUCCUUCCUAAGGGAUGUUUCAACCACAGCUUCUUACUUAAUGUGACUCAAUCCACUAAAGACACUGUGCCAACAGUAGAUCAUGUGACACCGCUUUGCUCCAGUCAAGUCGGUUUGUAAAAGUGAGUUGGGAAUUCUGCCUUAAACCCAGCACUACCUGUGAAGAGUGGUCAGACACUUUAUUCUGAGGAUGCCAAAAGCUCUUUAAAGCAAACAUUUAGCCAGAUUCAGUUUUAGCCUCAAGCCCAUUGUGACACAAAUAUGGAUGUGGUUGUCCACCUCCAUUUCCAUUGGUUACAAGGACCAAAAUGUAAACAAACUCAGCUAUCUGAGCAGUUUGCUUCAAUCAAGCAUUCAUUGAGAACCUUUAAAGUGUUCCAUUAUUAUUUUUUGUAUUAUAAACCAUUACAUUCCCAGCUUCACUAUGUAAUUUCAGUUUUUAUCAAAUGUUCAAGAUUUAUUAUCAUUUUCUUAGGUAUUUUAAAACAAUCAUGUUUUUGUUGUUUUUUUUUUAUUUGAAAGAUUUUGAGCGAAUGUUUCUGCUUGUUUUGUUUCAAACAGAAAUGUAAUUUAAAUACCGCUGGCUGGGGCCCGUUUCCCUGGUUCGGGAUGAUAUCUCCCAUAGUGAUCCUGAACUCUGUAGUUCUCUAGUUAUUAUAUUCUGCUUAGACUAAAAUAAAGCACAGUCCUGUAGAAGACGAAAACUC